ACAUUCCGGGGGGCGUCGAAAUGUAUGCCGGAACCCAUGAUCCGUCGAAACGGUAUCACCCCGGAAUGAUAGCGCUGCCGCUUACCGCCCCCGCCGGCGCAUCGAAACUACUUUCCGCGUUUAAGGGUUGCAAACGAGGGCGGGCCAAUUUGAGGAUCAUAGUUGGCUUUGGUCGAAAUCGCGGGGCAGUUAGCGUCAGAUCGUCGCUUGUUUGCGCGUGUCGGGGUGACGUUUGCGAUGAGUUUUGCGAAGUAGGCGCCGCAUACCAAGCCAUCUGCGAUGUCGCAGGAAAGCACGACGUUCGGUCAGAGCAGGACGAGUUUUUUGAUCGAGGACAUCCUUUUCCGGCAAAAGAACGAGGACAGUGAGAUUUACCACGGUUUCGCCUCGACCCUGGACGCUAAUAACAAAAUCGGGGUGAAAUCGGACGGCGGUAAUGGCAAGGGGUUUCAGUUGCCGCAGAAACUGGCGGAAAGCAAGGCGGCGGUGAUGUGCUCGAACGGUAUGCCGGACCCGAGGGGCGGCAAGGAAUACCCGCCCCCGCCCGGAUAUUUCCAAACCAACGUGGUGCAGGGUGGGUUGGUUCAGGGUUUCCAGCCGACGGAAAGCGGGUAUAUCCAGGUGAUGGGCGCGUUGGGAGCGUAUCUGGGCACCCCCUACAAAAACAUGACCGACCCUUACUUUUUGACCCAAGGUAUACCUUUUCACCAUUCGCUGUUCGGUAGUACGGCUAGCGAGAUCUCCUUGAACGCUUUGAAACAUUGCAGAAGGAGGAAAGCGCGGACAGUCUUUAGCGAUCCCCAAUUGACAGGCUUGGAAAAACGGUUUUCCGCCCAAAGGUACCUUUCCACACCCGAACGCGUCGAGCUCGCCAGCGCUCUGAGUCUCAGCGAGACGCAGGUGAAAACUUGGUUCCAAAAUCGUCGGAUGAAACACAAAAAGCAAAUGAGGAAGCUGCAAGAAGAAAAGGCGAACUCAUCGUCCGCGUUCAAGAAAAACAACGAGGCCGUCGACAAAUUAAACUGCGGAAACAGUAUGCCAAACAUGUCCCAAAUAUCGAGGAGGGACAAGGCGGCGAGCAGUCCCAGUAUGUCAGGGACCAAUUCAGAUUUGAGCGACUGCGAAAGCGACAUCGACAUAGUGGGGGACACAAACAAGCAAAUGACUUACUCUUACAAGGGUACCUAAGACGCUCGCACCUCAACAAUCCUUACCCUUUGUUAUUUUAUUUUUGACCUCUUAGCUUUUGUUGUCUGUUUUGAUUGUUUCAUCAUAUAUAGAUUCAUUUAUUGAUUGCGUGCAAGUAUCAGACAGUAUACUGACAUCAUGUACCAUGUGCGGGUCAGGAACAGUAAAAUACGAAGAAAAUACAGAGCUCUUCGACAUUUUCGAGUGUAAAUAUUAGGAUAAAAGCCUAUUUUGAUGUACAGGUUGUCCCAAAUUCGAGGAGGACUACAACUGAAACAAAUCACUCUUAUUGCAACGUGUCAGUUAAAUAUUAGAGUUUUAAUCAGAUUUUACUUUGGUAACUAAUUACUACAUUAUUAAUUGUUAAAAUUUGCAUGUAUUGUUGGAUUUAAAAAAAAUAAAAGUUGAUGAUGGGCAUACAAAGUCGCAACUUUAUCUCUAUUUAACCGACUUCGUAUCUCUUAGGGUUUUCGGGAUCCUAAUAGUCCCCCUCAAAUUUGGGACACCCUGUACAGUAAAGCUCGUUUAGGCAUAUAGUUAGAGCAUUUACCGAUAAAAAUUUUCAAUUGACUCUUAAUUAUUGUAAAAACAUGUUAGACUUCGAUGAGGUUACGCUACAACAGUCCUACCCACCUAAUGUAACAAAUUUAUAAGAUCGAUAUUGUAAAUAAACAUUGGUUCCGAACUUUCGCAUAUUUACACACAAUUAAAUCAAUCAAUCCAAUUUAUGCAUCUGGUAAGGCGUUUCUAAACUUAUU